AUGUCAUUCAAUGACACGCAAAAUAUAGAGAUUCCAGACGAUUCUGCUGAUGUUGAUGGCGAAGAAGAUGAAUUCGUGUUUGGCAAAAAUCCGGUUGGUCAUUUAACGAUCUUUACUGAUAGCAAUGAAGAUGUGUGCCACAAAAGAUACGACAUCUACAAAGGUUUGAAUGCAAUAGGCAGAGCACAUGAGUGUAGCAUCAGACUUGAAUCCAUAUCAAGUGAGCAUUGUUGUAUUGAGUUCGUUCAGAACACGCAUCUAAUAUGGGACCAAAAUAGCAGGAAUAAGACUAAGAAGAAUAAGUUAACUCUAAUUCCGUUAGUGAAGUAUCAGCUGCUGGACGGUGACGUCCUGACGUUCGGCGAUGUCCGGGCCCAGUAUCACUAUCAUAACCCGGCCUGCGAUGGUGGCGGUGAUAAUGAUGAUGAUGAGGUCAAUGUAGAUGACGUCAUUCAUAACGAUAGCACUGUUAAUGAUAUCAAUAAUAAUGAUGAUGGUGGUGGUGGUGGUGCUGAUGAUGAUGUCGAAAAUGGUGAAAUUGUAGUAGUGGGCGGUAAGAACAAUAAUGAUGAUGGAAUUGUGACGAUGACGAUAGCGAACAAGAAGCGAUCCCCCUCGAGCGAAUCGUUGAAAACAUUAGCAGCAGCCGAUGCUGCCACGACAACGGCGACGACGAUGACAUCAUCGUCGUCACUAUUUCACUCACCCCUCACUAUUUCAUUCACUCCAUCACCGACAUCGUCAUCAUCACCGUCGGCGGCCGCGCUAGUAGUAGUCGCAGCAGUGGUAGCCACAGCAGCAGCUGAUAUCGUCAAUAAUUCUAACGUCGGCCUAGCCUUAUUGGAUAGUAGUAGUAGUAAUAAAAGUAAUGAUGAUAACGAUAGUGAUGGUGAUAGUAAUGAUGAUGAAGGUGGUGGUGAUGAUGAUGGUAAGACCCCUUUUGCAUCGCCAACACCAUCGCCACGAACAUCAUUAUCAUCAGCAGCAGAAGCAACGGUGACAAUUACGUUAUCGUCAUCUAUGACGUCAUCGGCUAUAAUAUCAUCAGCUGCCGAAGCAACGACAUCAGCCACAAAAGCGACAUUUAUUUUACCGACGUUACUAAUUGAGAAAACUGAGUUAACAUCGUCAUCACCAUCACCGCCAACAACAUCGUCAUCAUCAUCAACACCAACAACAUCAUCAUCAAGAGUGCCAACAACUACAACAUCAUAUUCCGAAGACAUUAACAACAACAACAACAUCAACAACAAUAGAAUCAAUAUUUUCGCAUUUGAUACCCAAGAUAUAUAUGACGAAAACAACAACAACAGCAACAACAACAACAAAAGAUCAUCAUCAUCACCACCAAACAACAACUCCAUCGUCAUCACAUCUCCAGGCAAGAACAACAACAUCAGCAAAAUUCUUUUUGCUUUGGACACACAAGAUAUGUUCAACAACAGCUACAACAUCAACAACAACAUCAACAACAACAACAUCAACAACAACAACAACAACAAAUCAUUAUCAUCAUUUAACAGAACAACCACAUCACAACAACGUCAUCAACAAACAUCAUCGUCAUCAUCGCAGUCACCGAGGCCUGUGAUGCCAUUUCCGCUUCCGACAUCGUCGUCGUCAUCGCUGCCGCUAUCGCCCAUUCUAAAUUUAGUAACGGAAAUCCCGGAGACGCCGGAAAAGGAAAUAGGACGGGAUAGUUAUUACGAAAAGGGUGAUGGUGACGCCGUUGAUGACGUCAUUGUUACGAAGUUAUAUUACAGUGAUGGUAAAAAUGCUACUACUACUACUACUGCUGCUACUACUACAACUACUACAACUGCUGCUACUACUACUACUACUACUGCUACUACUUCUGCUACUGCUACUACUACUACUACUGCCGCUGCUACUACUACUACUACUACUUUUAGUAAUAGUAACAGCAAAAUGUCUCCUAGUUAUAAUAGUAAAGAUCUUUCAUCUAGCAACAAUACCAUUGCUUAUAAUUUUAGUAGCAAUAAUAAUAAUAAUAAUAAUAAUAAUAAUAAUGACGACGAUGAUGAUAGUCAUGAUGAUGGUGAUGAUGAUGGUGCUGGUUAUAAUGAUGGUGAUGAUGAUGAUGGUGAUGGUGGUGGUGAUAAUGAUGAUGAUGUUACUACUACUACUAUUACUGUCGCCACUGCUGCCGGCGGAAGAAGUAGUAACCUGUUUAAAAAUCUUUUCGCCGACGAUGACGACGACGAUGUUGAUGACGUCAUUAAUAAUAAUAAUAACAAUAAUAAUAAUGAUAAGAAUAAUAAUAAUAAUAAUGAUGAUGAUAAGGGCUUUAAGAGUGACAAUGACUGCAUGUUGAAUACUAAACAAAAGCCUUGUUUAUCAUCACCGCCAGCUUUUGUAAAGUUAUCAUCAUCACCACCGUUAGGUGUGUCGUCGUCAUCAUCGACAUCAACAGCCACAAUGGCAUCAGCAGCAGCAGUUGUGGUAGUGGCAGCUACCACAUCGACCACAUCAUCAUUAUCGCCAGCGAUAUUACCAACGUUAACAUCAUCAGCUAGAAUCUCACAGGCAGUAACUACUACUACAGCUACUGCAGCAGCUGCUGCUGCUGCUGCUCCUACUACUGCCGCUAUUCUUAUUGAUACUUUUACUUGUAGUUACAGUGUCAGUAAAGAUAAUGUUAAUGAUGGUAAUGAUAAUAUUAAUAAUAAGAAGAAGAAAGAGAAGGGUGAUGAAAGCAACAUUAAUGAUUUCGUGUUUUCAAAAGCAUAUUCCAGAAGGUCUUCUAGACGAGUUGCUAUCAAGUCGUCAUCAUCAUCACCAUUCGCGCCGCAUUUGACAUCAUCAUCACCACCACUGACUACAACGACAUCAUCAUCGCCACCACCACUGACUACAACGACAUCAUCAUCAUCACCACUGACUACAACGACAUCAUCAUUACUGCCUGAAACAACAUUGGCAAAACCACCACCAUCAUCAUCAUCAUCGCCAUCACUUCAGAAGCCAGCAUCGCCAGUGAAGCGCAACCACAAGUCGUUCAAAAAGCGUAAACUGUACCAGCCAAAAGAAUCAACCUAUCAACUCGAUUGCAGCCAGCCAAUAGGAAUGCAGGACGCGUCGUCAUUGUUACAUCAAAAAACUGCUGAUACAACUACUAAUGAUAAAGCGACAACAACAGCAACAACGACAGCAACAACAACAUCAUUGUUGUCACCAUCAGAAACAUCCUCUUCUGCAUCAACUGGAGUUGAUCAGAGCUCAAAAUCAUCCUCUGCUUCUGUAGCCUACAAACGUGCUGGUAAUGCUGAUGGCUGUGCGAGCGGUAAUAAGAUGAAUAGCUACAUUCACGAAGCCGUUAGUUUGACCCUGGCCUCCAAAGAAUUCAAAAAGAAAAAGUCUUCCCUAGAACAGAAAAAAAGAGCUAAAAUUUAUUGCUUUGGUGGUAUAAAUACUACUCUAUCUGCCAGGGCUAGUACUGUUACUGCUGCUACUGUGGCUGCUGCUGUGGCUGCUACAGCUACCGUUGAUGCUGCUGCUGCUGCUGCUACUACUGCUACUACUCCAACUACUACUAAUAAUAAAAAGAUCAAGAAAAAAACUUUGAUUACUACCAUUACGAAUGGUGAUAUUGAUGAUGACGGUGGUAAUGAUGAUAGCAUCAAUAAUAAUAAUAGUAAUAAUGAUAAUACUACUACUACUCUUAAUAAUAAUGAUAAUAAUAAUAAUAAAUAUAAUAAUAAUGAAAAAUUUGAAUCUGGAAGACGAAAGCCCAAAUCUAGGGAGAAGAGCGGUACCUCUACUAUGAGUAACAAGAAAAAAAAUAAUAAUUUUGGUGAUGAGAAUGAUGAUGAUAGUGAUAAUAAAAAUAAUAAUAAUAAUAAUAGUAGUAGUAGCGUUAGGGUAAGUGAGAGGCUGACGAAAGGCAAGCGUAGGCACGACGACGACUUUGUUUUUAAGAAAGAGAGGUUGUCGUCCUCUGUUCAGCUGCCGAGAUGUCAAGUUGGGAGGAAGCCUAAUAAGGAUAAUAAUAAUGAUAAUAAUAAUAAUGAUAAUAAUAAUAAUGAUAAUAAUAAUGAUGAUGAUGAUAAUAAUGAUGAUGAUGAUGAUGAUGAUGAUGAUACUAAUUUAGCUAAAGAUAAUGCUGAUGAGGAUGAUGAUGAUGAUGAUGUGAACAACAACAACAAUAGUAAUAAUAGUAUUAGUAAUGAUAAUAGUAUUAAUAAUAAUAAUAAUAAUAAUAAAACUGCUAAGAGGAAAGUUAAGGCCACGAGAAAAUUCACUCAGAAUAAGAGGAGACGCCAUGUUGGAAAAGAUGGCGACUACGACGAUGAUGAUGAUGAUGUUGUCUUCAAUAAUAACAAUAAUAAAAAUAAAGUGGAUAAUAAUAAUAAAGUUAGUGAUAAUAAUAGCGAUGCGGUUUUGAUUAAAGUUGAGUGCAGAGAUGAAAGUGAUAACAACGAAGAAGAAAGUGGCGACCAAUUAAAACCAAAGGACGAUCUAGACGUUGUUUCUACCAGCCAAUCAAAAUCAAGCAAGUCGAGACGUGGUCUAGAUACUACGCUCGGCAACCAAUCAAAAUUGAGUAGCUCAAAGUCAAGGACGGGUGCCGACCAAUCAAUGGCUGAUUACAGUUUUACUGAUGGAAGUAGUAGGAGAAAUAGAGGCAAAAUGGAAAAACCCAGAGUCCUCUUCACUGGCGUCAAUAGCGAGGAAGGAUUAAAAAUUGUCAAAAAGCUGGGAGGCUUCGAGGCUAAAUCGACACUCGACUGCACUCACCUUGUGACCAAUCAGCCCGUAAAAAGAACGAUAAAAUUCAUGUGCGUAUUGGCCAGAGGUCUGCCGAUAGUAAAAUACGACUGGCUGUACAAAUGCAACGCCGACAACAGAUUCUCAGAUCCAUGGGACUUCCUGGUAAGCGACAAAGAGAUGGAAAAACGCUACAAAUUCAACCUGAAGAGGUCACUGCUGAGAGCUGGCCAGCAGAAGUUGUUCCAGGGGAUGAGUUUCUACAUCACUGACAAUGUCACGCCAGUUAAAGCAGAAUUGAAAGAUAUAAUAGAAUCCGCUGACGGGAAGGAUAAAAAAAUCUUUGACGAUUUAGAAUCUUUGGGUUUUCCCGUCGUCGGCUCGGAGUUUGUCAUGACCGGUGUACUUAGGCAGUGCCUAGAUUUGGAAGAGUUUCGAAUUGACAGCAGCAGAAGAAAAUAA